UGCGGACUCUCGGGUCAUGGCACCCCAACGCCAAGCCGGCCUAGGACUGGGUGUCGCCUGCUGCUGCCUCCUCACCGUUGUUCUAGACUUCUGCAUAUCAUUCAAUGUUGAUGUGAAAAAUGCGGUGACUUUCAGUGGCCCAGUAGAAGACAUGUUUGGAUACACUGUUCAACAAUAUGAAAAUGAAGAAGGAAAAUGGGUACUUGUUGGUUCUCCUUUAGCUGGUCAACCCAAAAACAGAACUGGAGAUGUCUAUAAGUGUCCAGUUAGGAGAAACGAAUCAACAAAUUGCAUAAAGUUGGAUCUACCAGUUAAUACGUCAAUUCCUAAUGUCACGGAAGUAAAGGAGAACAUGACAUUUGGAUCAACUUUAGUCACCAACCCAAAUGGAGGGUUUCUGGCAUGUGGGCCCUUGUAUGCCUAUAGAUGUGGACAUUUGCAUUACACAACUGGAAUCUGUUCUGAUGUCAGCUCCACAUUUCAAGUCGUGAACUCCAUUGCUCCUGUACAAGAAUGCAGCACUCAACUGGAUAUAGUCAUAGUGCUGGACGGCUCCAACAGUAUUUAUCCCUGGGAGAGUGUUACAGCUUUUUUAAAUGACCUUCUUAAAAGAAUGGAUAUUGGUCCUAAACAGACACAGGUUGGAAUUGUACAGUAUGGAGAAAAUGUAACCCAUGAGUUCAACCUCAAUAAGUACUCAUCAACGGAUGAGGUACUUGAUGCAGCAAAUAAAAUAAUCCAGAGAGGUGGUCGACAGACCAUGACAGCCCUUGGGAUAGACACAGCCAGGAAGGAGGCUUUCACUGAAGCCCGGGGUGCCAGAAGGGGAGUUAAAAAAGUUAUGGUAAUUGUAACUGAUGGGGAGUCCCAUGACAACCAUCGACUGAAUAAGGUCAUCCAAGACUGUGAGGAUGAAAAUAUUCAGCGGUUUUCCAUAGCUAUUCUUGGGAGCUAUAACAGAGGAAAUUUAAGCACUGAAAAAUUUGUGGAAGAAAUAAAAUCAAUUGCAAGUGAACCCACUGAAAAGCAUUUCUUCAACGUCUCUGACGAAUUGGCUCUAGUCACUAUUGUUGAAGCUCUGGGAGAAAGAAUAUUUGCCCUGGAAGCUACAGCUGACCAAUCAGCAGCUUCAUUUGAAAUGGAAAUGUCUCAGACUGGCUUCAGUGCACAUUAUUCACAGGACUGGGUCAUGCUUGGAGCGGUAGGAGCCUAUGAUUGGAAUGGAACAGUCGUCAUGCAGAAGGCUAAUCAAAUCAUAAUCCCUCAAAAUACAACCUUUAACGUUGAGUCUACCAAAAAGAAUGAACCUCUUGCUUCUUAUUUAGGUUACACAGUGAACUCCGCCACUGUUUCUGGAGAUGUGCUCUACAUUGCCGGACAGCCACGGUACAAUCAUACGGGACAGGUUGUCAUCUAUAGGAUGGAAAAUGGAGACAUCCGGAUUCUUCAGACACUCAGUGGAGAGCAGAUUGGUUCCUACUUUGGCAGCAUUUUGACCACAAUUGAUGUUGAUAAGGAUUCUAAUACUGACCUUCUUCUGGUUGGGGCUCCCAUGUACAUGGGAACAGAGAAAGAGGAACAAGGAAAAGUGUAUGUGUAUGCUCUGAAUCAGACAAGGUUUGAAUAUCAAAUGAGCCUGGAACCCAUUAAGCAGACUUGUUGUUCAUCUCUGAAGCACAACUCAUGCACAAAAGAAAACAGAAAUGAGCCAUGUGGGGCUCGUUUUGGAACAGCUAUUGCUGCUGUGAGAGACCUCAAUCUUGAUGGAUUUGAUGACAUUGUGAUAGGAGCUCCCCUGGAAGAUGAUCACAAGGGAGCCGUGUACAUUUAUCAUGGGAGUGGCAAGACUAUACGGAAGGAGUAUGCACAACAUAUUUCAUCAGGUAAAGAUGGCAAGACACUGAAAUUUUUUGGCCAGUCUAUCCAUGGAGAAAUGGAUCUAAAUGAGGAUGGUCUGACUGAUGUAACUAUUGGGGGCCUUGGUGGCGCUGCCCUCUUCUGGUCCCGAGAUGUGGCUGUAGUUAAAGUGACCAUGAAUUUUGAACCCAAUAAAGUGAACAUCCAAAAGAAAAACUGCCAUAUGGAAGGAAAGGAAACAGUAUGCAUAAAUGCUACAGUGUGUUUUCAUGUGAAAUUGAAGUCCAAAGAAGAUGAAGUUUACACAACUAAUUUGCAGUACCGUGUCACACUAGAUUCACUAAGACAGAUAUCACGAAGCUUUUUCUCUGGAACUCAAGAAAGAAAGAUUCAAAGAAACAUCACAGUUCAAGAAUCAGAAUGCACUAAGCUUUCCUUCUACAUGUUGGACAAGCAUGACUUUCGGGACUCUGUGAGGAUAACUUUGGAUUUUAAUCUUACCAAUCUAGAAGACGGGCCUAUUCUUGAUGAUUCCCUACCAAAUUCAGUACAUGAAUAUAUUCCCUUUGCCAAAGAUUGUGGAAACAAGGAAAAAUGUAUCUCAGACCUCACCCUGCAAGUAUCCACCACAGGGAAGGACCUGCUUAUUGUCAGGUCCCACAACGAUAAGUUCAAUGUUAGUCUCACAGUCAAAAACAAAAAGGACAGUGCCUAUAACACCAGAACCAUAGUGGAUUAUUCUCCAAACCUAAUUUUUUCAGGAAUUGAGGCUAUCCAAAAAGACAGUUGUGAAUCCAAUCAUAAUCUCACAUGUAAAGUUGGUUAUCCCUUCCUGAGAAGAGGAGAAGAGGUUACUUUCAAAAUAUUAUUUCAGUUUAACACAUCUUAUCUCAUGGAAAAUGUGACCAUUCAUUUAAGUGCAACAAGUGACAGUGAAGAACCUCCCGAUGCCCUUUCUGAUAAUGAAGUUAACAUUUCUAUCCCAGUAAAAUAUGAAGUUGGACUUCAAUUUUACAGCUCUGCAAGUGAAUACCAUAUUUCAAUUGCGGCCAAUGAGACAGUCCCUGAAGUUAUUAAUUCUACUGAGGACAUUGGAAAUGAAAUUAAUAUCUUCUACUUGAUUAGAAAGAGUGGACAUUUUCCAAUGCCAGAACUUAAGCUGUCAAUUUCAUUUCCCAACUUGACAUCAGAUGGUUAUCCUGUGCUAUACCCAAGUGGAUGGUCAUCUUCUAAUAAUGCAAACUGCAGACCCAGUAGCCUUCAGGAUCCGCUUGGUAUCAACUCUGGGAAGAAAAUGAUUAUAACAAAAUCUGAAGAUCUCAAACGAGGCACAAUUCUGGACUGCAGUACAUGUAAAUUUGCUACAAUCACUUGUAAUUUGAUUCCUUCUGACAUGAGCCAAGUGAAUGUUUCACUUAUCUUAUGGAAACCAACUUUUAUAAAAGCUCGUUUUUCCAGCUUAAAUCUUACUGUAAGGGCAGACCUUCAGAGUGAAAAUACAUUACUGACUUUAAGUACUGGCAAUCAAAAAAGAGAGUUUGCUAUUCAAAUAUCCAAAGAUGGACUGCCAGGCAGAGUGCCGUUAUGGGUCAUCCUAUUGAGUGCUUUUGCUGGAUUGUUGCUAUUAAUGCUGCUCAUAUUAGCACUGUGGAAGAUUGGAUUCUUCAAAAGACCACUAAAGAAGAAAAUGGAGAAAUGACAUAUUUUACAGGAGAAAAAUAAUAAUAAUUAUUCAAUGAUCUAUCCUCAGGUUUGCCUCAAAUAUGUGACAAGAAAUAUAUUGAUACAAUCAAAGACAUAGUCACAUAACUUUAUGUAAUCCAUCAGGGAGUAAUCACUUGGAAGGUGACAGGUGAAGAAGAUCCAAAAACAAUACCAUAAAGAUAUAUUUUAUAAAAUGAUGAAAAGUAUUUUUAAAUAAUUACACAUGUGUAUUAUUUAAGUACAAUUACACAGUGUUUUGAAGAUGAAGAAUAACCUGUACAAACAUGUUGUAUAUUCAAUCAGCAUUCAGAGUAUUUAAGGAAUGCAUAAAAAGAUUUUUAUGAUCAUUGAUAAAUUAAGCUUUUUCCACUGAUUCCUGAUGAAUAUCCACAUGCAGCAUGAUAGUGAACAUUUGUAAAUUACAAGAAAAGAGGUAACUGAAAAAAGAUAACUUCCCCUUUUCAAAUGAGAAAUUUUUCCUGGGUAGAGUAUAUAUAAAAUAUAGACUAAAAAUAUAAUUAAGUCACAGAGAAUACAUUCAGCAUCUUUGUGUUGGGUUCUGUACUUGGAAAGUUUUCUUUCCAAAGUGCUUGGAAACUUCAAGCUAAAGGAAAACCAAGAGAGACUUGAUUAAAGGCAGUGCACUGAAUGGAUUAAUUUAAGCUUUCACAGAACAUGCUUCAUUUUGAUAUUGAGCCCUAAAACUCAAAACUUCAUGCUGAAAACAACACUUCACAGCAAUUUUGUGUGACAUACCAGCGAUUUGUCAUGAAAAGCCAUGUUGUGUGUGGAAUAUGCUAAGAUGGCUUCUGAACAGAACAUGGCAGCUUAGGCAAAUGCCACGGAAAUGCUGAAGUCAUCUUUGCUGGGCAACUUUUGAACAUUAGGGGCCUCAGGAUGUAACCCAAAGUAGGAGUUUUCUCAACUCCUGGUACAUGGUUCAUUUAAACCCUCAAGCUGUGAGAGUAUGUUUAUUUUUCAUUUUUUAAGGUAUUUAAUUUUCCAAACACAUUUCUUAUUUUUAUGAAAGACAGUAUUCCAUUUCAGUAUUGCAUUUUACCAAGAAGACACUGCUUUUUUCUUAGUGUGGCAUACAAUAUUUAAAUUGAACUCCAGAAAUGAAUUUUAAAGAACUUUAGCUUUGAAACUUCGCACCAACAGAAAGAGAUCACACCUCUGUAUGAGCUUCUUUGUUCCUGAAGUAAUCAUCAUGGUGCCUUGGACUCUACUGUAGCAUAAGCUCCUAGGUUGCUUGUUGCUUAGGAAAAUCACAAUGAAUGAAUGUAUCGUAGCUGCAUGUAUGAACUACUGCUGUAAAAUUAGCUGAUUCUUCUGCAACAACUCUAUCUCUCCACCUGGCUGACCAUCACAAGACCACAUCUGUCCAGCACCUUAUCCAGAAAGUCCUGGACUCUACUUUUCUCAAAAAGCAUCAAAUGGAGGAGAAAUUAAAUGCAUAGAUUUAAUUUUUUUAACUAAUUUCCAAGGAAUUAUCUGAAAACUCAGAGUCAGCCUACCUCGUGGCGCUCCAUGUCUACAUCUAAGAUCCUGUCAAUCAAAGCCAUGCACCUGGGGAGUGCCAAGGUCAACAGUGCCAGAAGAAAGGCUCAAUCUUUCCAGAGGUUCGAUAUCUUCCUGCUGGCCUGUAAUUGAUGAGAAAAGCCCACUUGGAAUUUCCUUCAUUCCCACUACCUAUCUCCAGGUUCCGAAAUCAUUCUUUCCACCUAUUCUUUCUUUACCCAAUAAAACUCAGGUCUUUCUUAUUCAGAGUCACCAUGCUAUACAACUCCUGUGCACAGCCUGUUCAGCAGCUCUGCUCCAAUCUCAGCACAUUCUUAGAAAUAAAUCUAACAGAUAAACUUAAAUUCACACUUGCCCUCUAUGACUGCUCAGCCAAGAAUUCACUGAACCAGGAGUGUGCACAUUUUAUGGUGUUAACCGUAAAUAUGGUGUUAACCCAGAGAGAAAAGAUGGAAACAAUGUCAUUUUGAACUUUUUAGAAAAAACAGAAAGAACCACUGGGCAAGAUCAAAUAGCUCCUUAUAAUCCUGGCACAGUUUUUAACAUCAGUCAUUCCCAGCUUUUAAAUAGACUUUAGUGAACCAGAUAUUCAUCUUCCUUAAUACUGUAACUUGUUGAGAUUCAUGUGUGUAUGUGUGUGAGCAUCUGUGUGUGUGUAAACACACAUGUACACACACCCACAUAAAUGCUCAAACACAAAUCAAAUACAAAAUAUCUCGAUAAUACCAAAUGACAGGGUUUCACAAAAAGGACAAAAAAUAAACACAAAAGUUAUACCAGCAAGGAAAGUUUGAUUCAUCCACUUUGCAUAUAGUUUCCAUUUUCAUAAAUAUUUAACUUUAAUGUACACUUCUGCAACUAUCUAAAAGAUGUAAAUGUGGAGGUUUAUUAAAAUAAUAAGUCAGCAGUACACAUGUUCUAAAACAUAGUCAAUGAGUAAGAAAUAUAUUAGCCUCUAUAAUUUUAUUCUAAAGUACUUAAGAAGAAAAGUGUGUGCUUUUUAAAACUAUAAGUUUAUGCCAGAAACUUUUUAUUAACUUUGGUAUUUUACAAAAUUGAUUAUUUCUUCCAUUGUGAACUGAAAUAUGUAUGAAGUCCCUUUCCAGACCAAACUUAGAAAGGUAUAUUGGUAAAUUAUUCAACAACUGGCUCUCCAGGAGGAAAAAAAUUCCCUGAUUUGUGUCAUUUACCAAUUUCCAUGGCCUAAAUAGUCUUGCCAUGGCCAUUUUCAAGCUACCAAUAUAAUCCUAACCAGCUUACAAAACUCCUGAAAAUUAUCUGUCAGGUCCCGUGAAUCAGUAUGAACCAGCUUCAGCACACCAUUGAAAUAGACUAGAUUACAAUAAUAGGCAAUAGAUAGAUGAUAGAUAUAUAGAGUUACAGAUAUAUAUAUAUAUAUAUAAAUACACACAAUAUCAUCAUACUUCAAAUUAUCCUUAAAAUGCUCAUCUCAAGCCCAGCAGGCAUAAUGCUACAUGGUUUCCCAUUCUUUAACUUCAAUUUCUAAAAUUAUAGCCUUCCUUUAAUAUUACUAAAAUUUAUAAACUUUCAGAAGAAGCAAGAAUUGAAAGCAAGAAAAUCUAAAGGUUGACACAGUGAAAAUCAGAACUUCACAGCCACUAAGAAGCUGCUUCACUUUCUCUAGGAAUCCAUUGCUCUGGAGCAUUAUUGUGAAAGUUCAUCCUUUGCAAAUAUUUGUAAGUUCUAUGAUCCGAUUUGAAAUUCAGUGGUCCAAUUUAUUCAGUUAUUUUCUUUGAGCUGUAAAGUCAUGGGCAGUUUAAGCUGAAUAUUUCCAUGUCAUAAAUAAAUACCCUUGAAAUGAGGCUUGUGGGGGGAGAAAUGUUUGCAAAAUUUGAUGCUUAACCAUAAUAAAUGUACCUAUGUAUGCAAAUAUAUAUAUGUAUGUGUAUAUAUGUAUGUAUGUGUAUAUAUACAUAUUAUUUAUAUAUAUAUAUAUAUUCUUUUCCUUUUACAAAACCAAUAUGUAGACUCAGUUGGAAAACAAAUACCUGCACCAAAACCAAAAGGUGGCUGUACAACAGGUGCUUAAGUAGAGCUGGAUUGGAGCAGCUGUGAAAAGCUGUGCACACAUCCCUCUAAGCAUUCCCUGGAAGGGCUACACCCUGGUAGCUUCCAUACAGUGUACUUUUAUAGAGGAUAAUGUCUUCAUCAAAUAUGUUGUAAUGUUAUAUGUGAAUUAACUGUCUUGCUUUGUACAACACUGAGAAAACUAGGGAAGACCCAGGCUCGGAGCAUGGUUCAUGUGCUAGGUGCAGUCACGUUAUUGUCCAAAUAGAGACUUCUGGAAAUUUAUUUUUAAAAAGUAAAUAUCCUACACAUCCUUCAUUUAUUUUAGCACUUCUCAAGUCCUCCUCAUUAGUCAUCUACCCUGGCCCCAACCAAGAGAGAUUUUCUAGAGGACUAUUGGAGAAAAAUCUGUUCAAAACCAUGUACUGUUUGCUGUGAAUACCAGCUACAGUGAACUGAUCAUUUAUAUAGAAUUUCAGUCCUCAGCUCUUCUGUGACACAGUCAAGGGAUGACAUGAUGCAGGUAAAAUGUAAUAGGGACAAAAUGCCUUGUACUUCAGAGAUGGGACAUCUUUAACGUAUUCACAAACCUUUAUGGGACACCAUCAGCAACUAUGUCAGGGGUUGAGGGAAGGGCUGCUAGGAUGUAGCCAUCAGCACUCCACAAUCCCCAUCCUCACCCAUGAACAUAAUAAUCCAAAAAAUUAAAAGAAGAAUCUAAAGUCUUCAGACUGAUGCUAUUUUUAACUUAAUUUAACUGUAAACAGCAGAUUUUUUAAUGCAAACACAAGCUUUAAGGCAACUCCUUUUAAUAUCUAGCUGUCCCUAAACCUCUCCUAUGUAGAACACCUGAAACCAUCCCUAGAGGUUACAAAGGGCUAAAUUCUGCUGUCUCCCAAAUGGAAGCACAAUUGUACAGCAUCUUAUGUAAAAUAGUAAAAUUAGAGGUAACAUUUAACAUUGUAAUCUGGUGAACAAGUCAGUAUCUUCUGAUCCUCAUAUUAAAAUUUAACCUUGAAUUUAGAAAUUCCAAGUAACAGCCUUUAACCAUCAAACCUUGAGAAAAUCUAAAGGACCCCAUGUUGGUUCUUAAUCCCCAGGCCCACCGUCCUCAUUGAUAUCUGGCACCAAGAGGUCCAGUUUUCAACUGAUGAGAGUGGAUGUUUCCGCCUCUAUGAAAGGCUAAAAGGCCUGAGUUUAACCCCUGAAUCCACUACACCCUAGAAUCAGCCUGACUCUACCCCAUAUCAGAUAUACACAGAAGCACUUGCUGAAAAUUUACACUGAAAAAUACACAAGGAUGAGUUAUCACUUCAAAUGUAUUCUGCUUUGAGGUCAGCUUCUCUCUCUCUCUGUCUUCUUCUUCUUUUUUUUUUUUUUUUUUUGCCCUUUUAAAUACAUCAAAACCUUUCCACCAUAACCAAUCAGUUCAGAACUUGACAUAAGACUCCCUUGCAUUUUCCUCCUGCUACAUGCCAUGAGGACUGGGCAUGAAAUGAGCCGGAUCCCAUUUGCAGGAUCUCUCUGCCUUCUCUCAAGUGCACAGUGGGGAUGUUCUGUUUUGAUUUGGAACUUCCUUGGCAAGGCCAAUAUAAGCCUUGUGCCCCUUGCAGGUCCUUGAGUAGCUGCAUGUUCUUUCUGGUGAGUUGAGACUCGGAAAUCCUUUAAUUACUUGACACACCACAGAAAUCAUGGCAGUAAAUUAGGGACCAGUGACGCUCUUAACUAUGAUAAUAUUUGAUUUUACCAUAUUUCAAGUCACAUCUUUAUGAAAAAAAGACUAAGUGGAAUUUUAGAAGCUCUUCUGCAAAAGACUGAGACUCAACUCUUGAUCUGUGCGUAUAGAAUGGGGACAAAUUUUUUUAAAAUAUCUUCAAGCCAGGGGUCCCCUUGAACAAUUCCCUGUUGACAUUACCUGUUCCUACCCCCAAUUUUUAAGAGAGACAUUGAAUGAGGAAAACUGAGUGACAUAAUUGUUUCUCUACAGAGUAGCCAAGCAAAAGGGAAGUCUCACAGAGAAACUAAUGAUGGCUUUCUGAGAUGGCUGCGUGGUAGGUCCAAUGCCAGGUGGCAGUCUUGCUGUCAUGCCCCUGAGGCAUCUUGCAUCUUGAGUGACAGAAAAAAAAAAAAAAAGAUGAGGUGGGGGAGGGUGGGGAGAGGAAAUGAAGUUCUUUGUCUUUAAUAUAUACAUCCUUCCUCCUCAAAAUACCACAAGCUUCCUUAGAUCACACUGCACCCACACACAAUACUAACAUGUGCUUUGCAAAAGUGAAUUGUUGAUUAAAUAAAAGAAUAUUCUUACUUGUCUGUUAGCUGGGGCUAAUUUCCUGGAGUUUGAUAUACCUUGUCUCAAGUAAAAACAAUCAUUUGAAGCAGCAACACACCAAGUCUUCUUCAUACUAGAAUCAUUUCACACAGGACAUCCUGAUACUAAGCAAUGAAUUCUGACACCUCCUGGCCUUAUUUCAGGAUGCAACAACUGUCUCUCUGCUUUCUUCAUUAGGAAACAUUGGCCUGUGAAGAGAAAUGGUGUGAAGAGAAACUACUGUGAGGUUUUAAAAUUGUUAACAGACAGUGUGAAGAAUUGUAUCCAUUUGAUUAAAAAGAAAAAUAUUGUGUAUAAUUACUGCCCUGAAACAUGUGCCAUAUCACUCCAAUAAAGUUUUUGGCAUCAUCUAAUAUAAG